AUGCCCUCAGAUGCUAAAAAAGCCAGAGAUGCUGCCAAAAAAGCAGCGGCUAAAGGAGGCAAAAGAGGAGGAGGUAAAAAAGAAGAAAUAGUAGAGACAAAACAAAACAAUGCAACAACUGUAAAUGAAACGCCUGUUGAUGAAAUUAUUGAUCAAGCUGCAGAGAUUUUAAAAAAGAUUGAGUUCGAAAAUGCUCAAGCUAGAUCAGUUGCUGGAGCUUUAACUUCAGAUCCUAAAGGAUUGGAUCACAAAGUAGAAGGUUUAACUAUUACUUUCCAUGGAAGAGAAAUCGUUACCGAUACUAAGUUAGAACUUAACAGAGGAGCGAGAUAUGGUUUAGUCGGACUUAAUGGAAGUGGAAAAUCCACCUUGAUGCACGCUAUUUAUAACCAUGAAAUUUGUAUUCCUGAGAAUGUUGAUAUGUAUUUGGUAUCUCGUGAAAUGCCCGCUUCUGAGAUGACUGCUUUGCAAGCUGUUAUUGAUGUCGACUCUGAGCGUAAACGCCUCGAAGCCCUGGCUGAAGAUCUCGCAGGAAAUGACGAUGACGAGAGUCAAGAUACUUUGAUGGAUGUCUAUGAUCGUUUGGAUGCCAUGGACGCCAACUUGGCCGAAAAGAAGGCCGCUGAGCUUUUGUACGGUUUAGGAUUUUCAAGGAAAAUGCAAUUGAAAAAAUGCAAAGAUUUCUCAGGAGGAUGGAGAAUGAGAAUUGCUCUCGCUCGAGCUUUGUUCUUAAAGCCUUCCGUCUUACUUCUUGAUGAGCCUACAAACCAUCUUGAUUUGGAAGCUUGUGUAUGGCUUGAAGAUGAAUUGAGCAAGUAUAAGAGAAUCCUUCUCGUUGUUUCCCACUCUCAAGAUUUCAUGAAUGGUGUCUGCACUAAUAUUAUUCAUUUAUUCCAAAAAAAACUUGUUUAUUAUUCGGGUAAUUACGACAGUUUCAUCAAGACUCGACUUGAGUUGCUUGAAAAUCAACAGAAGAGAUACAAUUGGGAACAAGCACAGCUUCAGCACAUGAAGGACUACGUUGCUCGUUUCGGUCACGGUUCUGCUAAGCUCGCUCGUCAAGCCCAAUCCAAAGAAAAGACUAUGGCAAAGAUGAUUGCUGGAGGAUUAACUGAGAAAGUCUCAGCUGAAGCUGUUAAACAGUUCUAUUUCUUUGAUGCCGGUGAGAUCCCACCACCAGUCAUCAUGGUUCAGCAUGUUUCCUUCCGUUAUAAUGAGCAGACUCCUUGGAUUUAUAAUGAUAUCGAUUUCGGAAUUGAUUUGGACACUAGAAUCGCUCUUGUCGGCCCCAAUGGAGCUGGAAAGUCCACAUUGCUCAAGCUUCUCUGUGGAGAUGUCAUGCCUACAGAUGGAUUGAUCAGAAGACACUCUCACGUUAAAAUCGGACGUUAUCAUCAGCAUCUUCAUGAAGAGCUUCCUCUGGAGAAGUCUGCUUUAGAAUUCAUGAUGAGCUCUUUCCCUGAAGUCAAGGAGAGAGAAGAAAUGCGUAAGAUCGUCGGACGAUAUGGUAUCACCGGACGUGAGCAGGUUUGUCCAAUGAAACAACUUUCUGACGGACAACGUUGUCGUGUAUCUUUCGCCUGGUUGGCUUGGCAACAACCUCAUCUAUUACUUCUUGACGAACCUACUAAUCACUUGGAUAUGGAGUCUAUCGAUGCUUUAGCUGAAGCUAUCAACUGCUUCUCCGGAGGAAUGAUUCUAGUUUCUCACGAUUUCAGAUUGGUUUCACAGGUUGCCCAAGAAGUUUGGGUGUGUGAUCAUCAAGCUAUUAAGAAAUGGGAUGGAGAUAUCUUCUCAUUCAAACAGUUCUUGAGAAAGCAGAUCGACAAGGAAAUGAUUGAGAGACAAGAACGCUAA